UCCAAAUACGGGACGUCACGAGAGAACGUGGAAAACACGCGAUCUUUGCAGAGACAAACCAGCGCUUCUGUUGUAAAAGAGAGUUAACUGUUUAGUUGUCAGGAGUCAUUUUUGCCGGGCACUACCGCUAGAUAACAGUGUCAGUGUCGUGGUUCGACGAGGGAGCUUAAUUUGGUAAAACAGUAAAUAUGCAGCCUGCAACAGCCAAGUGGUAUGACAGACGAGAUUCUGUCUUUAUAGAGUUCUGCGUGGAGGACAGUAGAGAUGUGCAAGUAAAUUUUGACAAGUCAAAACUCGGUUUCAGCUGUGUCAGUGGAACAGAAGAUAUCAAACACCAGAAUGCAGUGGAACUUUUUGGGGAGAUUGACCCUAAAGAAUCCAAAUACAGACGCACUGACAGGUCCGUGUUGUGUUGUUUACGAAAGGCCGAGGCUGGGAAAUCAUGGCCAAGACUUACCAAAGACAAGGCAAAGUGCAAUUGGCUAAGUGUGGAUUUCAAUAAUUGGAAAGACUGGGAAGACGACUCAGAUGAGGACUUAUCGAGUUUUGACAAAUUCUCAGAGAUGAUGAAUAGCAUGGGUGGGGAUGAUCUACCAGAUUUAGAUGGCGCAGACGAUGAGCACGAUUCUGCAGACAGUGAUGAUGAAAAAAUGCCUGAUCUUGAGUAGUUGAAUAUGGAUGCCACCUCAGUAGUUAACGAUGUUGGUCGAAGAGAGAGACUAGGCAUGAGUUGGCAUCCACGUUGGAGAAGAACCUAAUCUCGAUGCAGUUUCCAAAGUGGCACCCUUAAAGGGAGUGACAGGGAGUGACUGUGGGUUGGAGACAUGCACAGAAAUCCAUAGCAACAUACAGUGCUGUGCUUUGUUGUUUUGUUCUGCAUGGACAAUUCUGUUCAAAUGAAAACAUUGUUCAUUGAAUUAAAUGAUCAUGUAAUGGGAUGUGCUGAUGUCUUACAACUUCUCUCUCUCUUUUUGUUUUUCUUCUUUUUGCUGAUGUCAGGUUCUGUAUUAAAUGUUGUGAUUUCUAAUGAAAAGAAAAAAAGACUCAAAAAUGCCUAUUUUCCAAAAAAGUAGAUUUUUUGAUAACAGAUUUUUUCCCCUUUAAUGUUUGUAUUGUAAAUUGCACAUAUUUUCUUUGUUAAUUUAAAAGGCAGGAGUUCUGCUUGAAAUGGGUUUUCCAAAUGUAUGCCAACAUAACACAAAUAUUUAACAAUAAUUUUUUUAAAACAUGUUUCAGCAUUUAAAAUAAACAUGCUUGUGCAACUUA